UGAAUGUCAAAUGUCAGAGACAUAAGUUGAAAGAACAACAUCAAAGUUUGCAUUUGAAAAUAUCAACGGAUUUUAAGUUUUGACACGCAGAACCAAAUAAUUUAUUAGAAAAAUAAAUUUGUGUUUUGUUAAUAUUUAAGAUGUGUCUAAAUAACUAUUAGUGCAACAAAAUAAUUAUCAAGAGACUGUCAUCAAAUAUAACGCUGUAUUCAAGAUGAGUGGAAACACGGAAUCUACUUCUAACAGCAUCAAAUUUGCUCCGAUGCCAAUGUCAGCUUUAUUAGCUAAUUUGAUGCCUCUUCAAAAAGAGUCAGAUACCCCUGAUUCAAGUUUUUUGUCUGCUGACGAGAGCGAUGAUGAUUCGAUAGGCGAAACGGUCUCCAAGAAGCCUUCAACAAAUAAUAAAAUAAAUAGGGACUUCUACACACCUGUAAUAAAACCCAAAUCGAAAGAAGUUAAAGCGGUCGUUUUGGAGAAAAAAGCCUGUGUUAGUACUGACAACAAAGAAAAUAUAAGUAGCAGUUUCAGGUCUAAUCUAACACAUCCUACCAAAGACAGUUUGAUAUCACAAACUCCUAAAUUAUUUCCGCAGCCCACCUCUGAAGUGAAGAAACGUAAUGUAUUACUGCCAUUUAAUAACAGUACUGUUAAAAGUACUAAUUCAGAUAUUAAACAAACACCUGAAAUGAUUAAAGUUCAAAAUAGUGCACAGAAAAAUAAAUCUUCAACACCAGGGAUUAAAUCAGGUAUACGUAAGUUUACACCAAACUCAGCUAAAAAGAGUCAUAAGAAAACUCCACAGAACAGCAUGAUCCCGAGCAGAGAUAGGGUGAGGUGUGAAUUGUUUACGCAAAACAAAAAGGAUGAGAAGAGCAAUCAAAUAGCACAGCCACAGCCAAUAAUACCUGAGCCGGAGACCCCCUUAAACAAAAAACUGAUACCUGCAUCAUAUGCAGCUACACCUUCAUACCCUCAAGGCGCUGUAGGCAAUAAUUCCAAAAUUUUAUUUAAAACAACAAACAUUAAGGAUAAAAAGUACAUGUUCAUAAAGAAAUUGGGCAUAGGAGGUUCUAGUGAGGUUUACAAGGUCCUAGAAGUGGGAACAUCUUGUGAGUAUGCAGUAAAGUGUGUUUACUUAGCGACAGAUCAUGAACUGGCCCAAGGAUAUAUCAAUGAGGUUCGACUGCUCAGGGAAUUGCAGAACUCAGACAGGGUUGUAAAGCUAUAUGACUAUGAGUAUGACAAAUCACAACAGAUGUUACGCAUGGUUUUGGAAGUUGGUGAGACGGAUUUAUCAACAUUCUUAAAAGGAUGCAAUUCGGGAGUACCUCCUGCUCUUGUGCUUCAUUACUGGGAGGAAAUGCUCCAUGCUGUUAAUUACAUACAUGAAAACGGUGUGAUUCACGCAGACCUGAAGCCCGCAAACUUCUUGUUGGUGAGUGGACGUCUGAAGCUGAUCGACUUCGGUAUCGCGUCGUCGGUGAGCGGCGACGCGACGAGCGUGGUGCGGGCGCAAGCGGCCGGCACGUACUCCUACAUCAGCCCCGAGGCGCUGCUCGGCGGCGCCGGACAACACGCGCACUCGCCGCCGGACGGCUCCGCGCCCAUCAAGAUCUCAUUCCGUUCAGACGUGUGGUCUUUGGGCUGUAUUCUGUACAGUAUGGUUUAUGGCCACACACCUUUUGCGCACAUACGUAGUCUCGCUAAACUGGCUGCCAUUCUCGACCCCAACCAUCGGAUAGAGUAUCCGCCUGCUCCACAUCUGCCUCCGUCGUUGCUGUCGACCCUGAAGUGGUGCCUGACGUACAACGCGCGAGGGCGGCCCUACGUGCGCGAGCUGCUGGCCGUGCAGCACCUGCAGCCGCCCAGCUCGCCGCUGCCGCAGCCGCUGCUCGACAAGCUGCAGAAGCUCGUCACGCCCCAGGAGUACAGCUUGCUGCAGAGAGCACAGAUAUGAACUUAUCAUUUCGGAAUCAUGUCGUUUCGAGUCAAUUAUUAGUUUUCAUAAUCUAUUUAUGAAUCACUAUCGUUCUAGAACUUCGCGUAACAAAUAAUCAGAAUCAGAUGUCAGAAUUUGUAAAUCUUAGACGAACGUGCACGUCGCAUGGUGUAAUGUAGAUAUUUCAAGUCAGCCUCAACCUUGUUGACCAGCUACAAGAUGCAGAUUGUACACAUAAAAUGAUAUCAUGAGUCUUCUGACAGACUUAAAUAUUUCUACUACCAAAGCUGCAAAUAUUGAUUUUUUGUAAAUUAGAUAUUUAUUAUUUAACUCAUAAUAGUUGGUCAGAAGUUUUUUAUAUUAACAUAAGUAUUAGAGAGGAACGUAAAUUAAUUAAAGACAUAAUAAUUGUAAGUUUAUAAGCACUAUGAAAUGCACUAAAUUGUUGUAAAAUAUUGUGUGCACUUAAAUAAAUUGUACAUAAAUAA